UGGUGCUCGCACCCUUAUGGACAGUGCGUAUAAAAACAGUAGGAUGGGAAGUGGUCGGCGGUCAGUUGACAUCCGUCUGUAAGGAACGCCGGACACGACGCAAGUGCAAACAUGUGGAAACUCAGCCUCGUGAUCUUAUUCGCCGCUGGCGUUCUGUGCGAGGAGUACAAGUUAGAUCCUAUCAACACCGCCAAGAUAAAGGACGCGCUUAGGGAGCAAUGCAAGAAAAAUGGCGCCGAAGAUAAAGCUGAUUCAGUUGAGACUGCUGGCAAAAACUUCGUAGACUGCGUAAAGAAUUUGAUCAACAUUGAAACAGUAAAAAAGGAGAUCGAAGAAGCCAAGCCCAAUGGAGCUCUCGAUGAAGUUUUUGGAAAAUACUGUGCCAAGUCCCCCGAACUGAAGACGUGCAUCCACAAUCUGAACAGCGCCGUGACCCCUUGCCUCGAGAGUACCGUCCGCGACAAGAUGGGUGACAUCAACAACGCAGCUGACCAACUCAUCGACUUCGUCUGCUACAAGGAUGGAGACAGGAUUGCUUUGUUCAUUGCGGAGCAAGGCCCAGAGUGUUUCAGGGACAAAUCUGAUGCCAUCCGGGCGUGUGCCGACAAGCUGAAGAACGAAGUCGGCUCAGUGGAGGCUGCUAAGAGCUUAACUUUGAAUGAGCAAUGCGGUAAAUUCGACACACUUACGUCGUGCAUCGUCAAGGCUCUGGAGACGUGUUCCACCCCCACCCCCGGCAACAUGGCGGAGUCCCUCUUCCGGUUCGUGCGUAAGGGCUCGCCGUGCAAAGACGUGGUAAAUCAAUAGUUUUAUUCAUCAUCAUCAUCAUCGGCCACUUGAUGUCCACUACUGACAUAGACCUCCUCCAAAGACUUUCAGUUUUAUUCAUUUACCCUCCCUUCGCAAGCGUGAAAUUCCCACGGGAAACGUACUGUUUCCCAAAUGAAAAGUACUCAUUUUUCUCAAAAAGAUUGGUAUUGAGUAAGCGUAAUCAAGAAACAAACGAAACUUAUUUUCGAAUCAAGAUUUAGAAUAGUAGUUUAAAAAAUAUACUUCAGUAGUUUUUCAAUACAAAAUAUUUUACUUUAACACAAUAUUUUGUUGUUUCAGAAAAAUUAAGAAGCUGUACAAGAUUACAUAAGUAAGAAAUUGUGCCAUUAAAAAAUGUACCUAUCUACAUUUUAAUUAAAGUACCUAUGUAUUACUACAAACA